GCGACAACAAUGCUAAUAUCGCAAUUCGAUAAAAUGUAACAUGACUUUUUUUAGGAAGUGAUUGGAAGUGAUGAAAAGUGAGAUGAAUGAUACUAAUUGGAAAUUAUAUGUCUGUACAUUCGAUCAUAAACAAUAAUCAUGGUUACCCGAGUGUUGAUUGACAUUCGCAAUGAUUUAAAGCUUUUAAUUAGUGCUAUAACUGGAUUUGAGGACACUGAAGAAGGCUUUGAUGUUUGUGAACGAUUCACUUUAUCCAAUAUCAAGAAUCAUCGAUAUCUUUCAAUUGAUGGCAAUGAAACCAAACAAAAAAUUGACGAACUUAUUACAAAAUUUUCAAUUCACGGAAAUUAUAAAGUUGCCAAGGAGUUACAGUACUUAAUUGGUUGUUUCCUACAUAGUUUCGAUUUUGAACAACAUCCUCAAUAUGAUCUUCAAUGGACAUUGUUGUCAUUGUUGCUUGAUUUGGCAAAUGAAACAACAUACUCAGACUUAAGCAGUCAUGUGUUGCCUAAAAAUGAAUACAAUGUAAUUGCUACUGUUGACUGGAACAAUAGUGCCAGUAAUGAAAUUGAUUGGGGUCCAUAUUUAAAGGAAGGCCAAGGAGAUUUUUUUUACGACUUCCAAAAUAGCACUGAAAGUGAAUGGUCUGAUGAAGAAGUAACGGAAGUUAAAGAAGUAGAUAAGUGUCUCACUACUUCAAAAAAUGACGUACAUUUGUUUGAAGCGUUGAGCAUAAGAAAGUUCCAUAUCACGCAGUAUAAACUUUCAAAAAUUGUAAUGGAAGGAUUGCUAUCAAAAAAUUGGCUAUCAAAUAAUGUGCCAAAUUGUUGGUGGUACAAAUUGGAAGAGGGAGGAUAUGAAGCCAAUAGUUCUUCUCAACAUGCAAACUUUUCGACAUUGUGGGAUAAGGCCAAUUUGGAAUUAUUACCAAAUGGAACGAGAACCCUUAGUGAGUACCAAGUCUGUAGGGAAUUGAUGUGGAUGUUCUAUGUGCAAGCGCAGAUGACUGUAUUCCAACAACAGGAGUGGGAGUACAACGUUAUACCAAAUAUUUCUAUACCAAGCUUAUCAAAUGAAUGCGCAGUGAUGGGAAAGAGCCCAGUUUGCUCAUAUAGUCUAAUAUUUUCGAAUAUGGAGAAAAACUUUAUCGUCGUCUUCGAGACAACUGAUUGCUCCGUAUUACUUACGAACCCACUUAUUUGGUCUAAAACUCGUUUAAAAGCUUUUCCACGUUAUUACACUAUGCUUUGUACUUUUUGUUCAUCGGCAUUUCGUAUAUUCCUCGCUGAAUAAUCUGCCAGAUUCCCGCCGCUUCAGGAGGAUACUGGGCAUCCAAGGUGUGUAU